AUGGAACUCUUCUCCUAUAGUCAAAAAUGGAGUUCCGUACAGUGUUUUGACGUAGCGGCUUUGUGUGUACAAAUCGUAUCAAAGUGUGCGUGGUCAAAUGACACUCUCGAGUUGGAAUGGAAAAAGAGAUUUCUUGCCAGUGUUUUUCAUUACCUUGCUAUUAGUGAAAAAGAACAAACUGUCCUACUUGCGAUGCCCGGAGAAAUAGAUGAUUCGACUUUUAUUAAUCUUCUAAUAGGCAAUUUUAAACGUUGUGAAGAAAGGGAUAUUCGUGAAGAAGUUAUUUAUGACCUUCUGCUAGUUUGCCUCGGUUUGGCCCAAAGAAGUUCAAAUGGUGAAGGCAUGAAACAGAGUGAAGGAAUCGACGUGAAAGAAAGGGUAGAUAAAGUCAUAUCACUUAAGAAAAGCCGCGAACGAAUCGAAGCAAUUUUACCAUCAUCCUCAGAAGUUUUAUCAUCGCAAAUUAUGGAACCAGGGGAAUAUGAUUCUCGAGCAAGAACGUUUCUAUUCAAAUGCUCCAAAUAUUUAGAGGUCUCUGAAUCUGUGGUCCAGGCCUUGGAAAAAGGUUUGGCGCAACAUUUAUAUUUUAUGCAGCAACAGAAAAUCAAGGAAGAAUUGAAAGCAAGCGAGGUUGACGCCAGUAUACAAGAAUUGCAUGAUAGCGCUAGCACAAGCUUGAUCAAUCAGGAGAAGAAAAAGAAGAAAUGGCGUUGGAUGGCUACUGGUGUUGGUGUAGUCGUUGGUGCAACUGCGAUUGGCUUGACUGGUGGCUUGGCCGCUCCACUUGUCGCAGCUGGUAUAGGGGCAAUAACUGGGGCAGGGAUAAUUGCAACAACCGCUUCAAGUGUUGUAUUAAUGGCUUCGUUAUUUGGUAUUGCUGGAGGUGGAUUAGGAGGUUAUAAGAUGCAUAAGAGAACCCGGGGAUUAAAGGAGUUUUCUUUCACACGAAUUAUUAGUGACGAAGCAAUUCCUCUUAUUCCGUCAUUAUAUGUUAACAUUGUCAUUUCGGGUUAUAUCCUAGAAGAUGAUAAUGAAGUGACUAAGCCUUGGCUUCCAACAUUUGAAAAUACCGCCAAUUAUAUUGAUACCUUUGCAUUAACUUUUGAUAUUGGAAUUCUCCGAUCACUUGGACGAGCAUUUCGCAGGUUUUUGGCUGAAUCUGCUGUCAAGGUGGCCGCACAAUCUGCAUUGCACAGUACAGUGUUUGCAACUUUAGCGAGUGCUCUUUUGCUACCAACGGCACUGAUGAAAGCAGGAGAUUUGAUAGACAAUCCUUGGGCGUUAGGUGUCGAUCGCGCGUAUAAAGCUGGUCUAGUUUUGUCUGAUGUUUUGUGCGAACGGGUUCAAGGAAAACGACCUACUGUAUUGGUAGGAUAUUCACUAGGCGCCUUGGUGAUUUGGUCAUGCCUAUGCGAAUUGCAGAAAAGGAAAAAAUAUGGAUUGAUCGAUAGCGUAAUACUUAUCGGAGCACCCGUACUCUCUACACCUGUUGCUCAAUGGCAAAAAGUAGCCAGCGUGGUAUCUCGUCGGUUUGUGAACGCUUAUGCGACGAAUGAUAUUGUGCUCGGACUGAUUUACAGAAUGCAUUCAUUGAGCCUUAACGUUGCCGGACUUGGACCUGUUAAAUGUGAUAGAGUGGAAAAUUUUGAUAUUACUUCAUUUACUACAGGACAUUUAGGUUAUUGCGAACAAGGUACACUGGCAAGAAUACUAAAUGAGAUUGGACUAAACUAA